AUGGCGAACCACGAGGCUGCGGAGGCCGCAUCCAUCCGCAACGAGGCCCGGGAGGUUCUAAACCUCCACUACGACGGCCAGCACGAGGCUGCGGUGGCCCGCGCCGUAGUGCUCGCCGCCGUGCACCCGGGCUCCGCGGUCGCCCUCAACCUCGCUGGCUUGAUCCACCGCCACGCCUUCCUCGUCGCGCGGAACGACAGGGGCGCCCACAGCGACGACGAAGACGACGACGAGAACGCGUCCGCGCUGGAGAAGUACCACCGCCACGCCACCCUCGACGCCUUCUCCGCCGCUGCGCGGCUCGCCCCCGGCUGCGUCGUCACCAACACCGACCACGCCGACGCGCUCGCCGACUGCCGUCGCUUCGAGGACGCGCAGAAGGAGUUUCUCCGCAUGCUCGACACGGUCGCGAACAACGACCAAGCCGACCCGGCGCUGUACAACGUGGUGUACGACAUGAGCGGGGACUCGAGCAGCAAGGAGAGAAGGCGCGAUGCCGUGAAGAGCGCCAGCAUCUCGAUGGAGCGCUUCGCGGAAAGAAUCAACCACAGGAUUCUACCAUUGGAGGCCGCCAAGUUGCUGGACGCCAGCAAUCUCGGCGGGCCUGCCGCCGAUGAAGCGCGGGACCGUGCAAAGCUUCUCGCCGAGACCUACCCCUACUCGCCGCGCGCCCAGCUACUCCGCGCGUACAUCGACUUGGCACCAGUCCGUGCCCUCGAUCCGGCAAUGGACAAGAAGCAGCUUCUGCGCCGCGCGCUCACCACCGUGUCUCAAGCGGCAGAAAACUUCGACCACUCGCUCAUGGUUGCCUUGUUCCACGCCAAGCUCUUGUUCGUCCUGGAUAACUUUGAUGCUGCGGAGAGAGAGUGCCGCCGGGCAGUUCGCAUCGAGACGCCGAAUGACCCCAAGUGGGAUGACAUACCUCCCAUGGCUGCUCUUGGGGCAGAUUCUGAUGCCAGAGUAUCUUAUGUCAAGAAGCAGCUCCGUGUCUUGCUCAAGCAGAUCAUAGUUGUGGCUGCAUUAUACUGGUCCUCUAUGAAGAACGCACUGCAGGGCCAACGCGUCGUAUCAGUGACGGUUGACACGCUGCAGGCGCACUAUGAUGGAAUCGACAAGUCGGCAGCAAAGACCAUAUCUGAUGCAACGCGCUUUCUCAAGAAUCAGGAGUCAUGGAGUUUCUGGAUUUGCCUCAAUUCCCGUUGUGAUGGCAAGAAGUUCUCGGACACUAGUUCGCUCUGGCAACACACGUGCAGCAAGCACCGAGAUGAGCUCUGGGGGAAGCUGCAGUCACUUAUAGAUCCAGAAUAUUAUGAGAAUUCAUCACAGGAUGAUCACUCGUUGGUUGGGAUAACUCUCAGCCGCCAGUCUGACACCUUCCUUUUACCAAGGGUGCAGGAUAUGUUUGAAUCCUUGCUGCUUUCACCAUCUGUUGGAAUACAGGCAGAGCCCUUCGCUGAAAUGCGACAAAGGAAAUGCAGAGAAGGAUCUGAGAUCCUUGGGAGCAUCAGGGAGAAGCUGAGGAUGUUGCCUAAAGAUACACUUAGCACUGAGUUUCAGGAGUGCUGUUCUGGAAUAGACAAAUUGUGGCUAAAGUUUCUUCAAGUUACUGUUGUGGAUUAUCGUGAAAUCAUUCUUCCCCUUGCGAGAUCAUACCAAUGGAUAGAAUUGAAGAAACGGAUUCCUUUUUAUCUAAAUCAUCCUGGUACUAGGCGUAUUGGAAUUGCUGAUGCCAAUAUUGAUAUUAUAUGCGGAAUUUCUGGCCAAUCUGUCAAGGAAAUGGCAAGCACCUCCAGUUCUCAACAAAGCCUUACUGUUUCCAACAAGAACAAUGCUGACAGUCAUUGUGCAAUCUGA